AUCAGUUUUGUCUGCAAGCACUAUAUUAUUUUUAUAUCUAUAUAGCAGUCUAUCGUAGAUUUAAGCUGAAAGAAGGAAAAGAAAAACCUUAAGCAAGUUCCAUCAAUGGCGACUUCUCAAGAUCAGUUGUCAUCAGUUAUAGUGUUAAUGGUACCAUUCCCAGCUCAAAGCCACCUCAACCAACUGCUUCAGCUCUCCCAUGUCGUCUCCUCAUACAACAUCCCAGUCCACUACGUUAGCUCAGCUCUUCACAACUCCCAGAUCAAGUCUCGAGCUCCAAACCCUCUUCACCACUUAGCCAAAAUCCAUUUUCAUGACUUCCCAACUCCACACUUUGUCUCUCCUCAGCCCACCAAGACUGCUGACAACUUCCCUAUACAUCUCGUACCCGCAUUUGAAGCCUCUGUCCACCUUCGCCAACCCUUCUCAGAUCUCCUCACAAGGCUCUCAACGACAGCCGAAAGAGUUGUUAUUAUCCAUGAUUUUUUGAUGAGCUAUGUUGUUCAAGACUCUGAUUCUCUAGCGCCCAACUCGGAAACUUAUGUUUUCCACUGCGUCUCCGCUAUUUCUAGAGUUUCCUUCAUCCGAGACGCCGCGGGAGGAGGCUUGGGAACUGAUCAUGAGAGUCAGCUCAAGAUUCCUUCUUGGACAAGGAGUUUUGAUCCAAGGUUUGAUGCCUUACUAGCUAAACAAAUUCCGUUCAUGAGAGCCAACAAAUCUGCCCAUCUUUACAACGCUUGUAGGCUUAUUGAAAGCGAGUUUCUCGAUUUCAUUUACGAGAAAGAGCUAGAAAGUGAUGACAAUAUGAAGCUUUGGGCAGUUGGGCCUUUAGACACUGUAACAAUCUGCAAGAAGAGCCCACUCAAUAACUCCAUCAAUGGCGAUUCAGAACAAGUUUAUUACUUAGAGUGGCUGGAAAGACAGAAACCCAACUCCGUUUUGUACAUCUCUUUUGGAACCACGACUUUCUUAGAAGACAGACAGAUUGAAGAAAUAGCAAUUGGGUUGGAGAAAAGUGAAGUGAACUUUUUCUGGGUUUUGAGAGAUGCAGACAGAGGAGACAUUUUUGGUGAUGAACAGAAAGUUGGAGGACCUCAGCUUCCAAAAGGGUUCGAAGAAAGAGUGGAAGGAAAGGGAAUGGUGGUGAGGGAAUGGGUGCCCCAGUUGGAGAUUUUGGGGCACCCAUCAACAGGUGGGUUCAUGAGUCAUUGUGGGUGGAACUCAUGCAUGGAGAGUAUGAGCCUGGGAGUGCCCUUGAUAGCUUGGCCGAUGCACUCAGAUCAGCCCAUGAAUGCUGCUUUUGUCACUGAGUUUGUUAAAGUUGGUUUGGCUGUUGGGGAAUUGGGAAACAGAGAUGAGUUAGUGAAUUCAUCUACGAUUGAGAAAGUUGUGAAGAAAUUAAUGAGUUUUGAUGAAGGAAAUGAGAUUAGGAAAAGAGCUAAGGAAUUGGGUGAUGAGUUGAGAAAGGCUACUGCUGAAGGAGGAGUUUCUCGGAUGGAAAUGGAUUCACUCAUUUCUCACAUCACUAGAUAGUUUUGGCUUAAUAAUUAAUACUAUUUCGCUGGUUCUAUGCCUCGGGUGCGUUGAAAUAUUUGUAUUAUGAUAUUGAUCCCAUUUCCAUGGAAGCUUUCAACUUGUCUUAGCUAAAAUAGUAAGAAGCAAGUUUUUGGGUGUUUUAUCUAACAAUGGUCACUUCAGCAUCUUCGCGAAAAUAUAUCACUAUAUCAGUAUGAUUUAUAUGCCAAAGUUUAUGAGACCAUAGCACAUCAUUUCUCACUCUCCAAAUGUGAUAUACCAAGGUGGCAACAAUAGCUAUAAGUAUGCUCUUUCUGACUUUGCUUAGAUGCUUGGCUUUGAUAAUCCACUGGAGCAAUCUACCAUGUUCCUCUGUUUGAGCUCUCCAACCUAGCUAAUUCCUCACUUGCAACAAACAAGUCUUGCUAUAUGACACUGAAAAAAUAAGUGUUGAAUAUCUUCAUUGUACUCACCACACAAUAAACAUGAUUGAUCCAUGUGUGGAUUGUAGUUGCGGAUAUAUACUCGGAUAUAUACAUGAAACAAACAGAAUGAUUCUCCUUUAGUGAUGGUGAGCAUUUGGUGUGCAAGCUUAAGAAGUCCAUCUAUGGUUCAAAACAAGCGUCCCGCCAAUGGUAUUUAAAAUUCCAUGAUGUCAUAUCUUCAUUUGGAUUUGAAGAGAAUGUCAUGGAUCAAUGUAUAUACCAGAAGGUCAGUGGGAGUAAGAUUUGUUUUCUUGUUUUAUAUGUGGACGAUAUUCUCCCCAAUGAUAAAGGGCAUACUAAAUGUAAUGCCCCAAAAUCACUAAUGAGGAUUAAUGGUUAGAUUAGUAGGCCGAGAGGGCCAUAAUUGAUUUAUUAUGCCAUUAAAUGAUUAUAUGCAUGUUUAUGUGAAUUAUAUUAUUAUAUGAUGAUAAAUACAUGCAUGUGAGUCCACAUUUCAUUAUAAGAGUAUUUUGGUAAUUAGGCCUGUUGAUGGCAUAUUUGUAUAUUUUCGUGCAUGUCGUUGAAUUAUUGAUGAGGCCACAUUAUAAUGUGGAUUUGUUCGAGCUAUUUGGCAUGAGACGAUCUUUGAAUACUAGUUAGCGGUUUGGUCAUAACGGGGUUAAUUUCGAGGCUCGGAGUGAGUCUCGGGAUAUUUUGAUGAUUAGUGCAUUACCGGGAAUUAAAGGGUAAUGGGAUAUGACUUAUUAGCAUUUGAGAAUAUUGGAAAUAACAGGAAUUGGAGGACGUUAAUUAUAAUUAACGAGAUAGGCGAGAAAAAAUGGUUUUACCCUUGGUAGCCUUAAGAGGGAAUUUAAUGACCUAGGGGUAUUUUGGUCUUUUGACCAAGGAUAUAUGUGAAUUAAGAAAGCUACAGAAAGCUUAAGAAAAACAGAGCACGUUACUUCUUCUUCUCCCAAUCAUCAUUUCUCCUUCUUCUUCCUUUGGAUUUUUGAAGCUCCAAUU